AUGUCAACUAUACAAUCGCCGGCACCAAAAUCUUUGCAGCCAACUUAUUCAGCCGCUUCACCAGGUUCUACGGGUACGUAUAUGAAGCCAGGCUUAAUUGGUAGUCCUGCUGUUAGCAAUCACACCGAGCCUAACAAUGGUAAUAAUGACACCGUGGAAACUCAGGGACCAAACCAAAGAAUUGAUUUGGGCGCCAUGAUCGAAGAACUGACCUCACUAUUGGGAAAAGAAAGUUGGACGAAAUAUGCCCAGAUCAUUAGUCUUUUCAUUUUAGGCAAGUUAUCUAGAAAGGAACUUUGUAAUGAAUUAGAACUACUAUUCUUACCAAGCGCUGCAAAUUUAGAAAAAUCAAAUACGAAUCAUCACCAUAGUUUAGUACGACUUCAUAACCAACUUUUAUUAGGGAUAUUUGCUAAUUCGUUACGUGAAAAUCCUCUUGGUAGAAACGGUAAUGAGAGUUCUUGGGGUUUUGGUAAUGGAAGCAACAAUCCAAACAAUAAACUAAAAAAAACUAAUAAGCAUAAUUCACAAAUUGAAGUUUAUAAGAAAAUUGUCAUGUCGUUACCUAUAAAUGACCGAAAUAGACUGAAGAUGAUUACGAAAGAAGCCGGCAAAAGAGGUUUUAUUUUCUGUUCUGUUUUUCAGGCUAGAUUGAAUAAUAUACCUAAGAUUCCUAUUGUAACUAAUCCAGAAAGUUUGAAACGUGUCAAGAGUAAUAACCUAAAAACGCCUCUAGAAUGGUCGCAAGAUAUAAUGAAUGGGUUCAACGUUCCCUUAGCAAGCGAAAGUCAUUCUUUGCCGGACACAGAUUCGUUUUAUUUAAGAAUGGUUGGUAUAGCAAGAGAGCAUGGGUUAGUUGGUACAGUGGAUGCACGUUGCGUAGAGCUUAUAUCACUGGCAUUGGACCAAUAUCUUAAGAACAUAAUAGAGUUUACUAUUGAUACAGUUCGUUAUAGAAGAAAAAAGUAUUCCGAUUAUUACGAUUUAAAUGAAAGUGGGCUCUAUAAGUCCGUAUCGGAGAUGGCUGCUGAUAAACACGAUGCCAAAAUUAAGCAAUUGAACGAUGAUAAAGAUGAGACUGAUUACGUUGAUGAAGUCAAAAAUAAUAACAGUGGCAAGGACGAUAUUGGCGACAUAUCAAUGAGCAGCAUUACAAAGGCUGGCGAAGGAGUUAACGAGGAAUUACAUGAAAAUAGAACAAUAUCAUUAACGAAUGAAGACAUAUAUGAUUCGUUAUCUAUAUUUCCGAAUUUGGUUGAACCUUCGGGGUCGUAUUAUUCGUUAACUAAUUUGGGGUUAGUUAACGAUGAUGAACUAGUGGAUAUGAAGAGCAAUAUUGACGAUUUGCCGGAUUUCUUGGACGAAAAGCCGACUUUCACACCUUUGGACGAAAGAAAUGUUGGUACCAGGCAUGAAUUAAAUUGGCUAAUCAAAGGGAUUUUAACUGAGGAUUGA